AUGAAGGUCCUCAUCCUCGCCUGCCUGGCGGCCCUUGCCCUUGCAACAGAGGAAGAACUGAGUGUAUCCAGUGUGACUGUAGAAAGCCUUUCAAACACAGAGGAAUCCAUUGCGCACAUUAACGAGCAGAAACCCGAGAAGCUUGAAAAUGACAAAGAGCAGCCAAGACAGGAUGAACACCAGGAGAAAAUCCAGUCCAUUGUCCAGCCACAGCCUUUUGUCUAUCCUUUUGCUGAGCCCAUCCCUUAUACUGUCCUUCCACAAAACAUCCUGCCUCUUGCUGGGCCUGCUAUGGUGCUGCCUGUCUUUCAACCUGAAGUGAUUAAAAGGGAAACCAUCUUUUCUAAGCACCAUGUGAUGCCAUUUUCUAAAUCUCCAGGAGUUCCCAUUUCUCAACGCCAAAUCCCAAAUCUCACUGGUCUCAAAAAUCCACAGCUUCCUCUGCCUCUGCUUCAGCCCUUGAUGCACCAGGUCCCCCAGCCUCUUAUUCACACUCCUAUGCUUCCUACUCAGCCCCUGUUUUCCCUUCCUCAGCCCAAAGCUCUGCCUCUUUCCCAGCAAGUGAUCACCUACCCCCAGAGAGAUAUGCCCAUCCAAGCCCUUCUGCUUUACCAAGAGCCUCUGCUUGACUCUACCCGGGGGUCCUUCCCUGUGACUCAACCUAUUGCCACAGUUUACAGCUUGCAACAAGUAAGCCCUAAUUUACCAACUCUGCUGUCUUAUUCAUGGUGUUUGCAUGAUAUUAGAAGGAAUGAGAAAUACAGAAUAAAUGAAUGA